CUUCAGCAGCCAAUGGAAUUUUACAUAUGUCUUCAGCUCGGCGCAGCUUGACUGUUUUCUUUUUACCGAAGUUUUCACCGCUACAUAAAGAGCGUAAAGACAAUUUGCAACCAAGAAAACUUGAACGAGUUCUCGUCCGAAAUUCUGUGCUUCCUUCAUCGACAGGGUGCAUCUAGCUUUUCUUCUGAAGUGUCGAAGUGCGCAUGUCAACAGUACGCCAUUUUUGAUCUGUGUUGGGUCGGAAGGGCGUCUUUCGUGGUGAAUAAACUGGACAAGAACCUGUCCAUUUAAGAAGAAAACGACGCCAAGCAAGUACGCUCCUACAGUCGUCGGAGGUACAGUCACCUUAGUCGAGACUUGGGUACAGUGCUUCAGUCAGCUUCGUGUUAAGGCGGCGGCUUUGUCUGUCACUGUGACGUGGGGCAGUGCUAGAAGCGGCCUGUGUGAAAGAACGGCUGCUCACUAAGUUCUACCUUCUUCCAGUUGAAAAAUAUGCUGAGAGAUGUAGAGGUGGCAGGAGUGCCAUGGGUAGGACGGGCUGCGAGCGCAGGCCUGUAGGGGGCCCCCCUGGGGGACUGCAGCCCCGGUAGUGGGCUCUGCCAGCCCCCCACCCUCUGCUGCCCCCUUCCAUCUCCUACUCGGAAGAGAGAGGAGAGGAAGGACCUAGCAGCAUGCCGUCCUUCUCGCGCCUCGGGAACCUCAAGGACCCGGAGCUUGCCGAGCUAUUCGACAAGGAUGACCCCGACAAGAUCUUUGUGGACCUCCGCGAGAUCGGCCACGGCAGUUUCGGGGCUGUCUAUUAUGCCCGGAAUGUCACGACCAAAGAAGUUGUGGCCAUCAAAAAGAUGUCAUUUACAGGCAAACAGUCAACAGAGAAAUGGCAAGACAUUGUCAAAGAAGUCAGGUUCCUGCGCCAGUUAAAGCACAAGAACACAAUAGACUACAAAGGAUGUUAUUUAAAAGAGCACACCGCAUGGCUUGUCAUGGAGUACUGUCUUGGGUCCGCAUCUGAUAUCAUUGAAGUUCACAAGAAGCCUCUGCGGGAGGAGGAGAUCUCUGCAAUAUGCAAGGAUGGCUUGCAAGGUCUGGAGUACCUGCAUUCACUGGGCCGCAUACAUAGAGACGUCAAGGCCGGCAACAUCCUGCUCACCGAAAAUGGCACAGUCAAGCUUGCGGACUUUGGCUCGGCGUCCAUGAUCUGUCCCGCCAACUCCUUUGUGGGCACGCCGUACUGGAUGGCGCCCGAGGUUAUUUUGGCCAUGGACGAAGGCCAGUAUGAUGGGAAAGUGGACGUCUGGUCCCUGGGGAUCACAUGCAUUGAACUGGGUGAAAGGAAGCCUCCCUAUUUCAACAUGAAUGCCAUGAGUGCCUUGUACCAUAUCGCCCAGAAUGACUCGCCCACACUCAGUGGAGGGGAAUGGUCGGACGUCUUCAGGCAUUUUGUAAAUUCCUGCCUGCAGAAGAACCCUGCAGAUAGGCCCACAGCCGUCAACCUAUUACAGCAUCCAUUCAUGACGCGGCCGCGCUCAUGCAAGGUGAUAGUAGACCUAAUUCAGCGGACAAAGGCAGCAGUUAGGGAACUGGACAACCUCAACUACCGCAAGAUGAAGAAAAUUCUCAUGAUCGACUCGCAAGAAAACAACGAGGCCAACGUAGUGGAGGCCGAGGAUGACUCGACGGAGGACGACCAACUGAGCACGGGGGGCAACGGGGGCGGCAGUGCAGGCAACGGCGGGGGCGAGGGCAGCAAGAGCAGCAGCCUGCGCUCCAACCAGAGCCAGCAGAGCAGCAGCAAUGUGAGCGCGGGCAGCCACAGCAGCAGCACCAGUAGCCUGCCCCCAGCCUCGGAGAUGGACUCGUACCCACCCUCCUCCUUCCGGCAUCCGAGGGACAGUAAUUCGUCGUCGACCAGCUUGAAUAGUACAGAAGCAGGGGCCACUAACAAUUUUGCAACGAUACGGACAACAUCUAUAGUGACACGUCAGAUGAAGGAGCACGAGCAGGAGAACCAGAUGCACGAACAAAUGUCGGGCUACAAGAGGAUGCGGCGCCAACACCAGAAGGCGCUAGAGCAGAUGGAAGCAAAAUGUAUACAAGAAAUGGAUGACCACAAGCAGAAGCUUGACAAGGAAUACGAAACUUUGUUACAGCAGUUUAGUAAAGAACUAGAAAAAUUACAAAUGAAGCAUCAACAGGAUCUGGAGAAAAAGCUGAAGCACAACCUUGCCGGGGAGAAGCGGCUGACGCGCACCAUAGCGCAGCAGCAGGAGGAGGAGACCAAGCGCUUCCAGCAGCAGCAGAAGGUUGAGUACAAGUACCUCAAGGAGAAGCUCAAGAAGGAACUGAGCGACGACAACAGUGGCGGGGGUGAUGCCGCCCUGCGGGGCCACAAGGCGCAGCUGCAGCAGCGACAGGCGGAGGCCCUGGCCCGGCUGCAGCGGCACCAGGCAGACUACCUUCAGCUGGAGGUGCGCAAGUACCGGCGCCGGCGCCUGCUGCAGUACCACCGGCUUGAGCAGGAGCUGCUCCGGGAGGAGCUGGCGAAGCGGCAGAGCCAACUGGAGGAGGCGCACUCCAUGCUCUUACGGCACCACGAGACCACACAGGAGCUGGAGUACCGGCAGCAGCGGGGCGUCCACCAGCUGCGGGAGGAGCAAGUGCGCAAGCAGCACCAGACAGAGCUGGCCAACCAGCACGAGUACUGCUCGCGGAGGGAACGGGAGCUGCACAAGCGGCACGCACAGGCCGUCAAGCAGCAGCCCAAGAGCCUCAAGCACAAGGAACUGCAGAUCCGCAAACAGUUCCGCGAGACGUGCAAGAUCCAGACGCGCCAGUACAAGGCAUGGAAGAGCCAGGUGCUGGCCUCGACGCCUAGGGACGACCAGAAGGCGGUCAUCAAGAAGCUCAAGGAGGAGCAGAUUCGCAAGCUGGCCAUCCUGGGCGAGCAGUACGAGCAGAGCAUCGCCGAGAUGCUCCAAAAGCAGUCGAUCCGGUUGGACGAAUCUCAGGACACAGAAGUGCGCCAGCUGAAGGAGCAAUUGCAACAGGAGUUGGAGCUUCUCAUGGCCUUCCAGUCCAAGAUCCGAAUGCAGGCAGAGGCCCAACGCAACCGGGAGCGCCACGAGCUGCAGGAGCGUGUGUCGGUGCGCAGGGCCUUGCUGGAACAGAAGAUGGAGCUAGAGAAGCAGCAGUUCCAAGAAGAGAAAGCUGAGCGGCAACGACUGCUGUGCGAGCGGCAAUCGCGUGAGAUCGAGGCCUUUGACGAGGAGAGCGCCCGCAUGGGCUUCAAUCCGGUCGAGAUAGCGGAGGCCUCCCGGGAGUCCCUAGGUUCGUCGGACGCAGACAGCCUGGCUGGCAGCACCCUCAGCCUAGCCCACAGCAACAGUGCCAGCUCCUUCACCCACACGGCCCUCUGAGGCAACUCCCCUCUCCCUCACCUCCUCCUCUCCUUGUCACGCAUUGCGAUGGUCAGUCACGGCAGUCUGCCACACACACACACAGGCCAGCGUGGAGUUAUUCUUCAAACAUGCUAUUGCAUGGCGCAAGGGUGGUGUGGUGCCGUAUGCACUAGUCCGUCUUUUGCCUGUGAACGCAACUUCCCACAGACCUUGUGGGUACACUUAGGCACAAGAAAGAAAUCCGACACCUUGGCCGGGAUUUUUAGGGAUGCCUUUUCCGGUGCUAUUCCUUUUCCCACUUUUCACACUUCAUCGGUGAUCAUAGCAAUGCUUCGUCCGCAUUACCAGCGGGAUCAGCCAGCCGUGAAUGGUGGUUGAUAUGAGUUGCAUGUAAUUGAGUAGGGGGGAAGGAAUCAACGAAAUCGCGGCCUUAUUCACUCGACCGUACGUGAAGUACUGCAGGUACUGCAGUUGCAGAGAUUCAGGAUUUGUUUACAAGAUAACGCAUAUGAACGAUUUGUCUGCUCUGGGAGUGUUUUCAAGUACUUUGCACUGGCUGUGUGAACUGCGGAAAAAAAAAUAUAUAUAAAUUCUUUUAGUGCCAAAACGACGGCGCCACACUUGAGAUCUGUGAGAAGUGGCGAAUGAAGUGUGUGUCAUUGCUGCUUAUGGUGAUGCUUACUCUGGCAUGCUUCUUCCUGUUUUGGGUCAUAACUCCAGGCGCUAUGUGCCUGAAGCUGUUCACUGCAAGGUUAAGAGACUUGUCUUGGCGAGUUGAUUAUGUUCACUUAGGAAGAACUUUCACGAAUUUCUUCCUUUGCUCAAAUAGGCAUGUGCAGAGAGUAUGGUUUCUUUUACUUCUCUAUCACAUUUCUUUUUAGUUGCAAUCAAGUGGUAGUUUUGCAUGCCAUUGAUCAUGACAGAAUGGAAUUUCUUGAUAGUCAAACCUGCAGCUGGUCAGUCCUCUCGAAGUGUUGCAAUUCAAAGCUGCAAGCAGGACAUGCAUUCCAAGUCAUACUGGCACAUUCUGGAGUGUCUCAGUUAGGCAUUGCAGUCAAACAUUGAAUACUUUAGAUGGAGAAAAAUCUUCAUUAUAUCAGAUGAUUAUUAAAAGAAUAGCCACAAUUGGCUCCGGCCGUUACACUUAUGGGACUUCCUUUUUAACAGAAAGGACCAAGCCGUUGCUUCAGAUGACUUCCAUUUGCUGUUCAUGAAUGACGCAAACACUGUUGUGCAUCAGAUGAAUCAGAUGUACGAAAGAGUGCGAUUACUAGUUGCUUUAGGAAAUGCUUUUCAAUUUUUUGUUGCUGGUUUACGUAUUUUGAGCUACUGCUGGGAUGGUAUGCCAGCAGGCCCUGCAUUUUUGGCUUCAUUAUAGGAGUGGAGCACUAAUUUCCCUGAGGUAUAGCUAACAAAGCUUUCGAUUUCCUUUGUUGUAUCUCAUAGUUUGUUACAUUAGUGUUUGCUAUGUCAAAAUUUGACUGCAUUACUUUUGGUUGUCGGAAUGCUUAUAGUGCUUAGGUUCUUCUCGCUUAUGAAGAGACGCUGCUGGAUAUACUCUCAGCACUGUGGUGUCUAAUGCAUGGAAGGACAACGCUUAAUUGCCAUGUGGUCCACAUCCUUGGGGCACUGCGCCUAAAUUUUUCUCAUGCACUGCUUUUUAAUUCCUACAUCUGGCACUGAUGCCCUUGUUGGAGUGGGGCCUAUCAUUUGAUACAGGCCACCAUGUCCUAGUUUACCAUGAAGGAAUGAAUGAAUGCAGGACUUAUUAUUUUAAAGCUGGUUAUGGCCUAAUUGGGAAGAGGAGGUGGGUAUGUGGGUGCAAAGGAGAGAAAAAGGGGACAUUGUGGGAAUCAGCUGCCAUAAAAACGUGCACAUAUUAUUACAAACUUUAGCUUAUUUACUAUGAGAGGCAGUUUUGGGGCCAUGAAGCGAGAAGUGGGGAAGAAGUUAAAAUGCUUACAAUACAGCAACAACAAAAUAUCACUGUCUCUCUCUCCCCCCUUUUUUUACGGGGGAGGGGGUUAACAAACAAAUGAAACACACGCAUUCACAUAUGAUCUUCUGAAAACUUUGGUACUCGAAUAAUAUGUGGAAAAGCCAAUUCAGAAAAAGUUUUCUAUCGUAAUACAUAUGGAAUUAUGUGGCUCAUCAUUCUGCCAUGGUAUGGGGUCUAAAUGCACAUCCCAGACUUUAGUUGAGCACAGCCAGUGCAGGCAAGGUGGAUUGUAACGCUUGUCAGGAAAAGUGAAUUUAGCUAAGCUCUUAUGUCUGCAAUAGUCUUCCGAGGUGUAAACUGCGAAAAAAAAUUGCAAUUCACGGCCAAAGCAUCCAGUCAGCAGUUAAGAACUGCUCUGUUUGGGCCCCACACUCAAAAUUGCAGAAUAUACUCGUCAGUGCAGGCUUCAUGUUUAAACCGUAAAGUUCUUGCAUUUCUUCCCAGUUUCUGCAUCUCGAACACCUAUGAAAAGUCCAGCUUUUGUGUCCAGGUGGCCCUUUAGCAACUGCACUCAUGGCAAACUGAAGGUGGAUUCCACUGGUUGAUUUGAAGCACUAGUAAAAAAGGCAUGCUCCUUUUGUAGACUCAUCGAAAGAUGCCAUGGUUUUUACCGAUAUUUUUGAAACUAGACUGUCUAAUCUAGUGACGAAACGUGAUCUUGCGCACAUUCUGCCAAACGAGCACCCGUUCUUGUCUGUGGAGCGGAAGAAGAAAUAGUUGCUCCCCAAAUGAACCAGUGGAAUUUUCCAUUUAUCGCAACUCUUGUUUGCCACAUAAGUGUUUUCAGCUUGUCCGUGGCUCCAUGCAGCAGCGUGCGAGUGAAGUGCAUUUUCACACACACACCCCUGCAGUCUGCACGUGCUCGUUUAUUAAACCUGACGAGACAGAAACCAGAGAAAGCAAUGCCGCCAGGUGUUUACAGCUGGCCCUGGCCUUUGGUGGCAGACUGCCUGGACUGUCCUUUCGGUAUGACCAUGUUGAUGAGUAAUUGCCCCCUUUUCAAAACUGUAAUUUCCUUGUUGUUGUAACUGGCACCCCGAGGCUGCCGUGGCAUGGUUGGUGGAGUGUUGACCUGACCCUUGGUUGUUUUCCUACCCCGAUAUUUUUGGUCAGUGCAGUGCGUUCUGCGAGCAGGGCGCGCAGCCGCGCAUCCCCCUCAGGAGUGCCAUUGAAAGGUGGUCUGUUUUUCUUUUUUUAAACAAGUGUGGCGGGGAGAGAAAAGUGCGAAUACUAUAGGUUGAUUUUCUUCUUUCUGGUGCGUUCCUGUUUUUGUUUUUUUUAGCGCCUUUUUUUUCCACUCUGCCCAUUUUUUUGUCUUGAGACCCAUUAGUUUUCUAGGGGCAUGCCAUUUUACGGUGCUAAAAACAUUUUCUUUUUUUAAAUACUGUACCCAGUGCCCUCUGUGUCCUUUACAUACUUUCCUUGUUAGUGCGACAUUUUUACCAGCCCCCCACCCCCCUUUUUUUUUAUAAUGUGCUGCUGUUGGCCUUCUUUGACAAGCUAAGGCUGGUACCGCUCCCUUUCACCUCCUCCCCACCUUUUUUUAUUUUUAUUUGUUAAUAGGAAUUGCUGUGCUCUACUCCUUGUGGCCAGUCAGAUUUGUCUUUGAUCGGUUCAGUUAUUUUUUAAUAUAUAUUACAUUUUUCCCUCCCCUUUAAUUUUCCUGGUGCAAAGUUGGCAUUAAUUUUCAGUGCCUCUCAGUUCUGGCAAAAAUCGUGAGUAACUGCGAAAAUUCCGGUGCGGCGUGCGCUGCCGAAGUCGCAAUGUUUCUUGGAUGCCAUUUUGAGGCCAUUGAGACACUAUAGGCUUCGUUUGCUCAGUUUUGAUGAUCAAAUAGUAGAAGUCUGGGGGGGUGUGACAAAUAAAAAAACUAUAGGAGGACCGUGCGGUGACAACCUCGUUUCUGCAUUGUGGCCACUUUCAUGAAGCCUGCAAACCUUAGUUUUACUAAGUAAAUAAGAAUGCACAAAGUGUACAAACAUCUGUACUAAAUGUUACCAAUGUUGAAUCUGGCGACUCAGGUGCUUGUCGGGGUUUCAGAAGAGCAGCGAAACUCUCAUGGUCAAACAGGAGUUUUAUGUCUGUGAACCUCAGUACUUUGGUUGUUUUGCUUUCUCUGCAAAGCAAAGAUCCUCUCACUUCUUAAACCAAGAUUUAUAAAUAGCCUGCAUGUGCUAGCCCUUUGUGUGCAGCAGCAGCUGAACAAAGCUUCGUUGGAUGCGACGCUGCUUGUGCAUUGAGGUCCAUUUUAGCAGUCGCAAGCUCUAAAGCUCUGUAGAUCUAAAGCGGCAAUCACACUGAAUGAAGGUUUGUUUGAUUCUGAAAAGGUGUAGGCAGCACAGGUUGUAGUGUGCCGGGCUGCACCCAUUCGCUGCAAAGGUCAAGGGUGCACUGCAACAUGGUGGCACCUUACCUUGCACCUUGUGCAAUCUAGGAAAAGAGUGCUGGGUGCACCGCGGCACCUUGAAGAAUCAAGGGCCUAGGUGCAGAGAAAAUUAGUUGCAUUGAAUCAGACCUUAUAUUUCCGAUGUGUAAUUGACGUGUCAUUGCCAGUGCAUCCAUUUUGCUCAGCACCGUGACCGUGCUGCGAUCCCUGUCAGAAUGUGUUCCCUGUGGUUACCAGUUGAAGCAGAUAUCACGCAAUGUUCAUUUCAACUCGUGAUAACAGCAUGGUUACUGUAUUGCGCAAAAUAGGCACUCCAGCACCCUGUGACACCAAGCCCCCCUCAAAAAAGAAAAGAAAAAACUAUAUUCAUGUGGUUGCCGCUCAAAUUUAGUGCAUCUCGAUUUCUGUGCGUGCAUACCGAAGCAGCUUCUCUUCGUGUUUCUGCUCGCAUUUGGGCAAUGUUGAACAGCGUUCAAGUGCCAUACGUUUCAUAGGUCUUACGUUUAGAACGAUUUUGGCAAAAAAAAAAAAUGAAAGGAUAAACCCAUACGACAACCCUUCCUGCACACACACACAAAAAAAGCAACAAGUGCAGAUUUUGUAAUGCCCAUACUGAAGCCGGUGUCAUUCAGGUGCAAUUCAAUGUGCUGUUGCCAGCAAGUUUGCAGACCACGGUACAAAUGAAAAAAAAAAAAAAAAGAAUACUGCAGCCCAGGCAUGUAACAUGCAUCCGGGAAGCUAGAAGUGUCUCAACUUGUAUGUCAUGUGAUCACUGAAGUACUACAUCCCUCAAUUUCUGGUUGCAUACGCAAAGUGACUUUGGAAGCUUUUGUUCUUUCAUUGCUCCCACUGUCACACUUUUGCUGGUGACGGCACAAGAGAUUGCAGUACAAGUGACUCUUUUUCUAAAGAAAAAACAAAUUUUAGAUUAAUGCCCAUUUGUUGCUGCACAUACACACUUGUCUGCAGCGGUUGUAGUAAGCAUUCCUCUGAGAGCAGGAAAAAAAUUUUUUUGAAAGCUAGUGCACUGUUCACGUACAGCUCAAGAUGUUCUUGUGCACUUUGUUGCUGUCAUUUUAUACGAGCCUAGUAGAUGGAUGUUCCUCAAGACGAACAGUCUUCCGUUUCAGUGAUGAUGAGUGCUUGGAGAUUUUAUAAGCUGCCCAUUCCUUUUUAUGUCCGUCUUCUCUCUGUCCCUCAAUUUUUUUUUUUCCCUAGGCACAUUAGAAGCACCAAACAAAAACUAUUGGGGCAUGCUACCUGCAUUUUUAUGUUGACCCCAUAAGUUUUUUUUUUUUUCUCCAUUAUUGUGUGCUACUACCAACUUGGCCCCUGCCCAACAGUUCUCCUCUUGAUGUAAAUAGUGCUGUAUAAAAAAAAAAUACAUCAACUGGGUUGUAUAGACAAGGUCACAUGCACCUUUGCCAGUGAACGAGCGAAUAAAUGAUUUCGGAAGAAA